AUGGAUAGAUGGAAGAACAUCCAACUGUCAAAAGAAGAAGAAGAAGGUAUCACUGUGGAGGUCGAAGAAGGAUGUGAAGAAGAGGUCUUUCAGCGAACAUUGGCAGGGAAACUUUGGUCUGAUAACAACUUCAAUUCGAGGGCUUUUACCAGUACAAUGAUCAGUGCUUGGAGGCUGAAAAAUCCGGUGGAAGUCCAAGAGCUGAAUAAAAAUCUAUUUCUGUUCAGAUUCACGACGAAGAGAGAUUUAGAGGGCGUCCUGAGGAAUGGUCCCUGGAGUUUCGACAGAAACCUCUUGGUCCUUGCUCGCGUCUCAGGAGACGAACAACCGUCAGAUCUUAAUAUGCACUUCGGAUCUUUUUGGGUCAGAGUUUACGAGCUGCCAUUGAUACUCAGGUCGGAGGCAAUGGCAAAGAAGUUGGGUGGUAUUCUGGGAGAGUUUGAGGAGAUGGAUCUGAAGGAGGCUCACAGAAACGGGAGGUUCUUGCGCAUUAAGGUGAAAAUUGAUCUCAAAUUGCCUUUAAAGCGGGGUACGGUGGUGAGAUUCAAAGAGAAAAACCUGCGAGUCCAUUUUAAAUAUGAGAGAUUACCAACUUUUUGCUUCGUGUGUGGUCGGGUAGGACAUCAGUUAAAAGAUUGUGAAUCGGUUGGAGACCUUAGUGAAGAAGGAUUUGAAGAUUUGGAAGAACAGGAACUAUCCUAUGGGGUCUGGUUAAGGGCGUCGCCGUUACCUAGAGUCCAGGAGGAGUCUCAAAAGAAGGGUUCUACUUCGAGUUCUUGCAGUAAAAGUCUGUUCAACAUAUCGUCGGGGCAAAGUAGAUGCGAAUCCAAAGAGAAAGACAAGGAGGUAGAAGAGGGUGAAGUGGAACAAGACAAGAGGAAAACAAAAGUAUCUGAAGGAAGGAAGGGGGAGGCCUCAAAGGAGAUAGCAGUAGGUUUGGUUAAAGGAAAGAACAUGUUGGAGAUAGAAGCCAUGGCGGAGUCGUUAGGGGCUGUAGACAUUUCAAAUGUGGGGGUGAAGGAAAAAAUCACCAAAAAAGGGGAGUCAGGAAGGAAGAAGAAAUGGAUUAGGAGGCAAGUUGUUAGGAAGGGGAUUGGCUCUAUCGGAAAGAAGUCUGAGUUAGAAAGCGGGAAGAGGAAUUUGGUGGACGUGAUGAUCCUUGAUGGCACUAUUGAGGAGUGUGGUAGCGGGGAGAAGAAGCUGAAGAAAACAGAUGAUGCAAGAGUAACAUGCUUACCUGAACCAGAGGUGGUGUUGGAAGACCAACACCGCCUGAAACAAUGA